AUGGGUUCUGAGUCUUCUGUCCACCAUGGGGAGGGUAUCACCCCGGCUCCCCAGCCGCAACAGUAUUCCAGCCAGGAGUCCAUCGGCACCGAAAAGCCUGCUGAGCUUGGUGUCGAUACUCCGGUCCCUCGGAUUACACUGCGUGCCAUUGUCAUGGGCCUCUUCGUGUCGAUGGGUGGUCUUCUGUUCGGUUACGAUACCGGUCAGAUCUCCGGCUUCCAAGAGAUGUCGAACUACCUUCAGCGCUAUGGUGAACUCCAGAGCGACGGCUCCUAUGCGUUCAGCAACGUCCGCUCUGGUUUGAUCGUCGGUCUUUUGUCUGUCGGAACACUCAUCGGUGCCCUCUGUGGUGCUCCCGUUGCCGAUAAGCUUGGUCGUAAAUGGUCUAUCACCGUGUGGUGUCUCAUCCUCAUUGUCGGCUUGAUCGUCCAGAUCUCUGCCCCGGACGGCAACUGGGCCCAGAUGGUCGUGGGUCGUUGGGUCACUGGUCUCGGUGUCGGUGGUUGCUCCCUUGUUGUGCCCAUGUACCAGGGAGAGAGCGCCCCCAAAAACGUCCGCGGUGCCCUGAUCAGUUCCUACCAGCUUUUCGUCACCCUCGGCAUCUUCCUGGCUUACUGCAUUAACCUGGGAACCGAGGGCCUCGAAGGUACUGCCCAAUGGCGUAUCACUCUCGGCCUCACCUUCUUAUUCGCCCUCAUCCUCGGUGGUGGCAUGGCCAUGUUCCCCGAGAGUCCGCGAUUCGACUACCGCCACGGGAAAAUCGACACUGCCCGUACCACCAUGGCGCGUCUCUACGGAGUGCCUGAGAACCACCAGGUCAUCAUCCGCGAGCUGGCUGAAAUCCAGGCCCAGCUCGACGCUGAGACCCACGAGGAGCAGGUGUGGCACGAGUUUUUCACCGACCCGCGCAUGUUCUACCGCAUCGUGCUCGGCAUUGUCCUCCAGGCCCUGCAACAACUUACCGGUGCCAACUACUUCUUCUACUUCGGUACCACUAUCUUCCAAGGUGCCGGUAUCUCCAACUCCUUCAUCACCCAAGUCAUCCUCGGCGCCGUCAACUUCGGAACCACCUUUGGCGGUCUCUACGUCGUCGAGAACUUCGGUCGUCGCAAGUCCCUCAUCACCGGUGCCCUCUGCAUGUUCGUCCUCUUCAUGAUCUUCGCCUCCCUCGGCCACUUCAUGCUCGACGUCGAAACCCCCGAGAACACACCCGGCCCCGGAAAGGGCAUGGUAGUCGUCGCCUGUUUCUUCGUCCUCUUCUACGCCACUACCUGGGGACCUAUCGUUUGGAGUUUGAUCGCCGAAUUGUUCCCUGGCAAGCACCGUGCAAAGGGUAUGGCUCUUGCUACCGCUUCCAACUGGCUCUGGAACUUCCUUAUCGGAUUUUUUACGCCGUUUAUCACCGGUGCUAUUGACUUCGCGUAUGGAUAUGUCUUCGCGGGAUGCCUUCUUGUCGCAGCACUUGUGGUUUAUUUCUUUGUUAUCGAGGGCAAGGACCGUACUCUCGAGGAGCUUGACUGGAUGUACGUGAACAAGGUCAAGCCCUGGCAAAGCGCCAGCUACGAGAUGCCGACUAUCACGUACCACGACGACGCCCGUGGCGCACGCAAGGAGUCCAAGUCCUACCACGCUGAGAAUGCAUAG